GGAGAGGAGAGGCCUGCUGCUUUGCUGUGUCUCUCUCUUUCUUUUCUCUCUACACUUUUAGACCCAAAAAAGUUUCCAUUUUUUAUUAAUUUUAUCUUUCUGGACAAAGUUGUCUGCUUUUGUCUUCCUGAAAAAGUUUUCGGUUCUUGAGCUUUUUCUCUCCCUCGAGCUAAACACUCACACGAGCGGCUCGAUUCCUCAUUUCAACUUUUCACCUUUUAUUCUCCUUCUUCUUUGCUCUACUUCCUUUUUUCACCGAUCGUUUUCUCGAUUUGACGACCCCUUUUGCUAGUUCAAGACACAUCACAACAAACUGUGUUUUGUCUGAUCUGUAUUUUCCUAAGCUUUGAUUUGGUCUAGGGUUUAUGUUUUGACUGAAAUGGGGUGUGAGGUUUCAAAGUUAUGUGCAUUUUGUUGCGUUUCAGAGCCUCAAGAAUCCAAUCGUGGAGUCACAUCCUUAGGUGGUGAUGAUAGGAUUGGUGAAGGGAAUACUGAUCUGCCUCAGUUUCGUGAAUUCUCUAUAGAGACGCUAAGGAACGCUACUUCAGGUUUUGCUACAGAGAAUAUAGUAUCAGAGCAUGGAGAGAAAGCUCCUAAUGUUGUUUACAAAGGGAAGUUGGAUAAUCAGAGACGUAUUGCUGUUAAAAGGUUUAAUAGGAGAGCUUGGCCUGAUUCUCGUCAGUUUCUGGAGGAAGCUAGAGCUGUUGGUCAGUUAAGGAACUAUAGGAUGGCAAAUCUGCUUGGGUGUUGUUAUGAAGGUGAAGAGAGACUUCUUGUUGCUGAGUUUAUGCCUAACGAGACUUUGGCUAAGCAUCUUUUCCACUGGGAGGCACAACCGAUGAAGUGGGCAAUGCGACUAAGAGUAGCUUUGCAUAUUGCUCAAGCUUUGGAAUAUUGUACUGCCAAAGGACGUGCACUUUACCAUGACCUAAAUGCUUAUAGAGUUCUCUUUGAUGAUGACUCGAAUCCAAGGCUUUCUUGCUUUGGUCUGAUGAAAAAUAGUAGAGAUGGAAAGAGUUAUAGUACCAACCUUGCUUUCACUCCUCCCGAGUAUCUCAGAACAGGUCGCGUGACACCAGAAAGUGUGAUGUACAGUUAUGGAACUCUGUUGCUUGAUCUUCUUAGUGGAAAACACAUUCCUCCAAGCCAUGCGCUGGACCUCAUACGGGAUAGGAACAUUCAGAUGUUGAUAGAUUCAUGUUUGGAGGGUCAAUUUUCAAGUGAUGACGGGACUGAACUAGUACGGUUAGCUUCUAGAUGCUUGCAGUAUGAGCCUCGAGAACGGCCUAACCCAAAAUCUCUAGUCACUGCAAUGAUUCCUCUUCAGAAGGAUCUUGAGACUCCUUCACAUCAACUGAUGGGAAUACCAAGCAGUGCCUCAACAACGCCUCUUUCACCACUUGGAGAUGCAUGCAUAAGAACAGAUCUAACUGCCAUACAUGAGAUUCUUGAAAAACUUGGAUAUAAAGAUGAUGAGGGGACAGCCACAGAGCUUUCGUUCCAGAUGUGGACUAACCAGAUGCAGGACUCGUUGAACUUCAAGAAAAAGGGUGAUGUUGCUUUCCGGCACAAAGAUUUUGCAAAUGCUGCCGAAUGCUAUUCUCAGUUUAUAGAGGGAGGGACAAUGGUUUCCCCAACUGUUUACGCAAGGAGAAGUCUGUGUCACCUGAUGAAUGAUAUUCCCCAAGAGGCAUUGAAUGAUGCAAUGCAAGCCCAAGUGAUAUCUCCUGCUUGGCAUAUCGCAUCUUAUCUACAAGCUGUAGCUCUCUCAGCUCUAGGACAAGAGAACGAAGCUCACGCUGCUCUUAAAGACGGAUCAAUGCUCGAAAGCAAAAGAAACGCUCUAUGAUGAUGAUAACUAAAGCACAAAGAGGAAAACAAGAGAGCCAACACGAAGAAUGGUUAUCGUUGUAGAGUAGUUCUACUACACAGCUCUCAUAUCGUGUGCAUCAUCAUUAUCAUCACUGGUCAGUUUCUUGUUUGGUUCUCGUACUACCCUUUCCUCUUUUUCUUCUUCUAAUACUUGAUGCAUUCAUUUGGUCUUAUACCGCAAAUUGUAGUGUGUGUGCAUUUUUUUUUUGGGCUACUAGCAUGAACUAUUUCUCUAUUAUACAGAAGAAAAAGGUGCAUACUUUGAAUCUUUGAUGGAGAUUUGAUAAUAGAUUGGGAAUGUUGUGAUUGUGGAUUUGCUUUGAUGGGUUCCAUGAUUUGUAAUCAAUGUUUUACAAUAAUAUGUAAAGAGAGCACUUUGUAUUUUGACCUUUUGAUGAUCUCUAUUUUGGCCGUC